AUGUCGCCUACUCCAUCCCUCUCCUCAAAAGUCAUCCUGAUAACCGGCGCAAACAGCGGCAUAGGAAAAGCCACCGCCCUCUCCCUCGCCACCCUAAACCCAGCACAACUCUGGAUCGCGGCUCGCAACGUCGCAAGCGGCCAUGCAGCCGUCGCUGAGAUAAAAGCUGCAGCACCGGCCAUCGAUAUGGGCGGUCACCCCGGCACAACACCUCAAGGCCACGAACUGCAAUUCGGCACGAACCACGUCGGCCAUGCCCUCCUCCUAAAGCUCCUCACACCAACCUUGCUUUCCACUGCAGAAACCUCGGGCUCAACACCACGCGUCAUCUCCGUCAGCUCGCGGGGCCACGCUCACACCGCCGCUCUACCAGACGGCGGUAUCGCAUUCGACACGUUGAAGUCUUCCCAAAUUGACUUGUCAGGCGUGAACAAGUACACGCAAUCCAAACUCGCCAACGUAGUCUACGCGCGCCAAUAUGCAUUGCACUACCCGCAGAUCCUCUGUGUGGCCAUCCAUCCCGGUGACGUCUUGACGGAAAUCUUCAACAAAGGCGCUGAAGGGGGUGACGAGCAGAUCAAGUAUCUGGCGAGGGAAGUAGCGCCUAAGAGAUGGAGAAGGAAAUAG